CAUGACAGCCUAGAGAAAAAGAAAACAGGAAAUAUUUUAGCCAGCCCUUUCUCUUGGUAAGUUUUACACCAAAUACAGUGUGUAUACAUUUUGAUCACACUAUUACCAACAGUGACUUAUAAAAUAGUAAAUUACACUACAACUCAUCUUAUUUUUGUUGUUGUUGAAAACCUUGCAAUUGUGGCAGUGGCUCGCCACUUUUCUAACCAAGCUAUCUAUCUAGGUACUCUUGUAUAGCCAGCAAUGGAGUUGUGCAAGCAGCCUGUCCAGGCAGUAAAGCAACCCCCUCGUAUAGCAAUGCAAUUUGAAAAAGUAAAUGAAUAGUUAUUAUGCUUUUGUAGCCUCUCUCUAUUAGCUGCAAUGUUUAUGAGUUUACUUGAACAUGAGCGUGUAACCCAAUCACCGUUGUGUGUCAUGUUGCAUCGACAGGGGGAGAGAAAGAUGGGGUCAGCUGUCGAGAGGACGGAUGAACAUGUCCGAGAAUACUUGAUAUAUCGCGGCUUCACCAGCGCACGGAAGCACCUAGACUCGGAUAUCAAAGCAGACAAGGACAAAGGUUUCCGGGUAUGAAAGAACAGUGCAUUAAAGGCAAAAACUGUGAUGAUGAUGCAUUUUUUCCAUCAUUUGAUUAAUGUGGUACAUGUAUGUGUACUUCUCUCUUUUUUGUUGUUGUUGUGGCUGGGUUCGUAUCCCAAGUAAAGCCUGUAUGUUCUCACAGAAACAGUUCUUAUUGUUUUGCUGAACUGUCCUUUUAGGUGGACAAGAUCAUUGACCAGCUUCAGCUGUUCAUCCAUAACUUUGACCUGAAUGGCCUGAAGGACUACUGGGGAUAUCUGGACCGGAGACUGUUCUGUAGGCUAGAAGACGUCUACAGACCCACAGUCUCCAAGCUACGGAUCAGUCUCUUCAGAUACUACGUUGUUUACACUGUACAGGUGCAUUUAGACUUCUGUUGUUGUUGUUGUCCUUUUUAUAUUGUUAAUCAGACAUAUUAUGUGUGAAUGUGGAUAUCCCAAUGUUGUUGACUGAUUAAUGAUAUACAGCAUAGCCUCUCUCUCUCUCUCCCUCCCUCCCAGUUAAAGAACCAAGAGAAGACCCAGGAGUUUUUCCAGCGUCAGGCUCAGGAGCUGCAGGGCCAGUCGGAGUGGCGUGAUUGGUUCAUCCUGCCGUUUAUCCCCGCCCCCGAGCAGAACCCCGUCUUCUCGCCGUACUUCUCCCGUCAGUGGUCUGACACCUUCUUGGUCUCACUGCACAACUUCCUCUCUGUGCUGUUCCAGUGCAUGCAUAUCUUUUUGUUCUGGGCAAGACUAUAGACACACUACGGGGGUGUAUUCAUUACACAGAUUCUGUUGCAAAAUCUUUCUUGAAUGUUUUGCAACUAUUUUGGACUAAUGAUUACACCCCUGAUACACUUCAGAAACACUAGGUCACAAGGUCGUAUUCAUUAAGCACCUAACGUAUUAAAACGGACAAACAGGGUGGGACUUCAUGGGCUACCUGGAAACACUAAUGUACAUGUUUUGUUGCACAAUGUUUUAAACCGUUUUCUGUUGUGUGCCCUAAUGAAUAUGAACUAGAGCAGUGUUUCCCAACCCUGGUCCUCGAGUACCCCCAAAGGUACACAUUUUUUGUUGUAGCCCUGGACAAACACACCUCAUUCAGCUCUUUGAGGGCUUGAUGAUUAGUUGACAAGUUGAAUGAGGUGUGCUUGUCCAGGGUUACAAUAAAAAUGUGUACUGUUGGGGGUACUGGAGGACUGGAGUUGGUAAACACUGAACUAGAGGAAUACCUGGUCAAUAAGCAACGACAUUUCCAACCUAGCUCUGCGCCUCAGUUUGUGUCAACAUAAUACCAUAGGCACUAUGCUGACAAUAGAACUACUAGUAAUAGGAACAUGUAAUAGUUUCAAAACAAGAAAAUAAAGCAAAUGGCAACUAAACAAUGUCCAUGGAAAUACAGCCUAUGUGCAUACUGGUGUUUCCUCGUGGUUCCUUCAACCUAUGUGCAUACUGGUGUUUCCUCGUGGAUCCUUCAACCUAUGUGCAUACUGGCGUUUCCUAGUGGUUCCUUCAGCCUAUGUGCAUACUGGUGUUUCCUAGUGGUUCCUUCAGCCUAUGUGCAUACUGGUGUUUCCUAGUGGUUCCUUCAACCUAUGUGCAUACUGCCGUUUCCUAGUGGUUCCUUCAGCCUAUGUGCAUACUGGCGUUUCCUAGUGGAUCCUUCAACCUAUGUGCAUACUGGUGUUUCCUCGUGGUUCCUUGACAGCUAACCACCCCAGCCUGCGCUCCUCAGCUUUGACUCUGAAGUCCAGAGGACCACUGGUCUACAGGAGGAGAAUGAUCAGCUCAGACACGUGGUAAGUUUGUCUCACACACAAACACACUGUCUUUCAGUCACCACCUAGGAAAGACGUGGUGUCUUCUCUUCUCCACAGGUUGUUGCUGUAAAAUAGUAUAGUUCUCAGCUUAAUGUCAUUAUCAGGGUUGCUACGGCCCCCCAUGAGGAAGUAUCGAAAGGUUUAAGGAUGGCAGCUAACGUUCUCUCUCUCUUCUCAUCUUUCUCUCUGUCUCUGUCUCUCUCUGCCCAUCUCUGCCUCCAGCUAUUUUCCCUGCAGGGAGAGGCUAAACCAAAGAAGGAGGAAGAGAUGCUGCAUCACAAACUCCCCCCCUACGUACAAAACAUGGACCGACUUGGAGACACUGAGCUGUGAGGACUGACUUUGACAUUGGAUUGAUCCACUUUUGGGUCGAGGGGGGGGUUUUGGUGAAAGUUUUAAUAAUGAUUGUACAACAUAGUUAUUAGGGGUUCAAGCCAGCGAAGCUGGGUGAAACCUUAUUGUAUUUGUUGGCGUUCAUUAUUAUUAUUAUUUGGGUUCUUCCAUACAUUUUGUUAAAACCAAGAUGGUAAAGGGCCAAGGGCCACACCCUCUCAUGUGAUGCCAUGCCAAUUGGCCACAUGGUGGCGCUAUAACAAGCGAUUGAAAAUGCAAACUUUGAAAGGUCAUGCCCCUCACCCCGUGUGAGCUAGAGUCAUUACAUUUUCUUCAUAGGUCCCUCUCCUCACAAGGAACACAUUUGCCUCAAGGACACUUAAGGUCCGCCAUGAUGAAUUUUCCUCCAUUUUGAAUUUUGUGAAAAACACUUAAAACGCUACUCCUCUAGCACCGAAUGACCGAUCUGCACAAAACUUGAUAGAUGGCAUCUAUGGCCAAGCUCUCACCAAUUAUGUUUUUCCAAUAAACAUUCACGUGGGUGUGGUCUGCAUAUAACUCCGACAUGAAUAUUCGUAUUGUAACAAAACUUGAGUACACGUGUUCCAAACACUGUCAAGACUCAACACAUCUAAGCACAUUCAGACCGACCACACGGUGGCGCUAUAACCGGCACAUGUUUAUAUCUCUUGAUUUGUUUGAAAUUUGGCGCACCUGCUCAGGGAUACGAGUCUAGCUAAGCUGUGAAGUAUGGUUCCGUUUGGCCGCAUUGUGGCACUGUUGGACAGGGAAAAUCAUUCAUGCAUGCUCAUUGGCUCAUAGAGGCCAUAUUGUUUGAACAAGAGCCUGGGAAAAUAUUGUGUUUGAAGAUGUGAAUCGAUAGAUAGCUGGAUAUCAAAUUUGGUGCCGAUCGUGCCAGCGGUUCUGUAGAAGAAGACGUUUGAAAGUCGUCAACGUAAUAAAAAAUGGUCAAAUACAUUAAAAGCGUAUUGCAUGAUCUGUUUGAUUUGAAGUUCUGAUCAUUAGCAAGCGUGGGUAGAAGUACAAAAGUAGCUCAUCCUGGGGCAAUGUUUCCAACUUGACCGGAUGGUGGCAAAGUUGGCCCACAGCUUGAACCCCGGCAUUGCUGCUUGCAGCUAUACUGUAGUUUUGUGUUUCUCUCCACUCCAUAUGAUACUGUAGAUGGACUAUCACUACAUGGACUAUUUAACUAACUUAUUGUUAAUGUUAAUAUCAUAUUUAUACUGUUUUAACUUGUGUUUUUAUGUUUUAGGACGAUGAAUAAACUAUUAAUCAUGAUUGAUUUGUUCAGUUGUUCUGUCUUUUAUUAUUAUUAUUAUAUAUAUAUAUUUUUAUUAAUAUUAUUAUAUAUAUAUAUAUUAUUAUUAAAAAAAAAAUUGCUUUAAAAAAAAUGUUUUAUUUGGGGUAGAUCAGCUUAAUAUUGCAGAUAGAUUGUAACUUCCAUCAAUGUAAUUGUCUACAUCACUUCCAAUCCCCCAUGUUUUUUAUAUAUAUACUCCCCUUUAUUACUUUUCAACCCCGCCAUCCUUUCCCUACUUGGGGUAAAUUAGUGAACAACAAUGCCCAGGCCUCUACUUCCAGCCUAUACUUACUAUCUACACCUUAUGGACACAGUCAAUUUUACAAUAAUUAUAUUUUAUUUGUUUUUGCUCCUGAACUACUUCUACUCUCAACCUCUCCGAUCAUUUUCAAUAAACAAUUAAUCAUGAUUUGAUUUGUUCAGUUGUUCUGUCUUAAUUUGCCCGAGGCAGGGAUGCACAGCUCCUUCAAGGAGGUCUGCGUCCCAAUUCUCCACACUUUUCCCCAAGUGUGCGCUCACACACUUCCCGUCAGCCCAACGCUUACACCAAUCCAAUGCUUUUAAAUCCAUGACAGGGAGUGUGCAAGUGGAGAAUUGGGACGGGGUCGGCGUCUGCUUUAGUGGAGCUCUGGUCAUGGGAUUGAGCCGUGCGCUCCUGGGUUUGACCUUGGUUUGAUUUGAGGACACAUUACCGCACACAGAAUAACCACAACACAGUUGUCUGAGGACAUUUCAAGCUAAUCUGAGAAUUUGAUUUGUUACAUCCUGCAAACGUAGGACACACCUACACCAUUUGUAAGAGACUCAUUGCAAACUAAAUAUGAAGGGUCUUCAGAUAAAGAAUCCAAUAUCUUUUUAAUUGAGCGUUCCUCCACCACAUUCUCAGUGAGCGUUCCUCCACCACAUUCUCACUGAGCGUUCCUCCACCACAUUCUCAGUGAGCGUUCCUCCACCACAUUCUCAUUGAGCGUUCCUCCACCACAUUCUCAUUGAGCGUUCCUCCACCACAUUAUCACUGAGCGUUCCUCCACCACAUUCUCAUUGAGCGUUCCUCCACCACAUUCUCAUUGAGCGUUCCUCCACCACAUUUUCUUUGAGCGUUCCUCCACCACAUUCUCAUUGAGCGUUCCUCCACCACAUUAUCAUUGAGCGUUCCUCCACCACAUUCUCAUUGAGCGUUCCUCCACCACAUUCUCAUUGAGCGUUCCUCCACCACAUUCUCAUUGAGCGUUCCUCCACCACAUUCCCAGUGAGCGUUCCUCCACCACAUUCUCAUUGAGCGUUCCUCCACCACAUUCUAAAUGAGCGUUCCUCCACCACAUUCUCAUUGAGCGUUCCUCCACCACAUUCUCAUUGAGCGUUCCUCCACCACAUUCUCAUUGAGCGUUCCUCCACCACAUUCUUAUUGAGCGUUCCUCCACCACAUUCUCAUUGAGCGUUCCUCCACCACAUUCUCAUUGAGCGUUCCUCCACCACAUUCUUAUUGAGCGUUCCUCCACCACAUUCUCAUUGAGCAUUCCUCCACCACAUUCUCAUUGAGCGUUCCUCCACCACAUUCUCAUUGAGCGUUCCUCCACCACAUUCUCACUGAGCGUUCCUCCACCACAUUCUCACUGAGCGUUCCUCCACCACAUUCUUAGAGCAUGUUUACUAUUAGCACACAACAUCACAUGGUCUCAGAGAGAUAAUGGAGUUAUCCUCAUGAGUGAGUGGGCUUGCACACAGAAGAAUAGCCUCAGUGUGGUGGUGUUGUGAGGAGAUACAGUAGCAUGACUUUACCUAAAACAGCUAAGCUAUGUUCCAUAUUUUCACUGGGGUUCAGCAGGCACUGAAACCAAGGAGCAAAGACCAAGGAGAGUGUCUUCAUUUAAAACAAUACAAUAUGUUUUUCUCCAUACAGAGACCUGGUGACGAGCCAGCGUAA